AUGGAGGCCGUUGGCUACAUGCUGCCACUCCCGGUCGAAUACCAAGGGCCUUAUCGGAGGCUAAUGCGCCACUGUGGGCCGAAUAGGAAUCGCGGAUCCAGAGAACCAUUGGACUCGAGACCAAGGACUCGAGACCAAAACUCGAAACCAAGAUCGAAACCAAGGACUCGAGACCAAGGACUCGAGACCAAACUCAAAACCAAGGAAUCGAACCAAGGACUCGAAACCAAGGACUUGAAACCAAGAACUCGAACCAAGGAAUCGAAACCAAGGACUCGAGACCAAGGACUCGAGACCAAAAUCGAAACCAAGGACUCGAGACCAAAAACUCGAAAUCAAGGACUCGAGACCAAAACUCGAAACCAAGAACUCGAAACCAAGGACUCGAAACCAAGGACUCGAGACCAAAAAUUCAAAACCAAGGACUUGAAACCACGGACUCGAAACCAAGGACUUGAAACCAAGGAUUCGAAACCAAGGACUCGAGACCAAAAACUCGAAACCAAGAACUUGAAACCAAGGACUCGAAACCAAGGACUCGAAAUCAAGGACUCGAGACCAAAAACUCGAAACCAAGAACUCGAAACCAAGGACUCGAAACCAAGGACUCGAGACCAAAAACUCGAAACCAAGAACUCGAGACCAAAAAUUCAAAACCAUGGACUUGAAACCAAGGACUCGAAACCAAGGACUUGA